CUCUAUCUGUGUUUGAUUGUCGGUGUGUUCUUGCUUUCUAUCCGCACAGCUUUAGAACUUCCUAUCCUCACUCUUGACGAGUAUUAAUUCGUCAGAUUUGCGCACUUGUAUCUAGAACAUCACCCCCAACGAAGCCGGUGCUAUUUCCAGCUUUUCAAUUGUACAUUUUCAUUUGCCGAGUAUCCCAAUUAUGUCAGAGGUGGGUUCGUAACAGGCGGUUAUUUUUCCAUACCUUUAAAUCUUUCAUUGGCUUUUAAUUUCGUCAGCAAGAAUCAAUUUCCUUCAUCUGUCAUGGACAGCGUCCGGUAGCAAGGUGUUUAGUUCCCAAUCAUUAGUGGAACCUACCUAUGUGGGUACAUCGGAGUUCUAACCAAAAAGAUUACCUUUGAGAUAGGCUCCUUUCCAUUGAUUAAACAAAAUUGGCCCCGGGUACCUGAUGAUAGAACUUUCCCCCCCGUCAUGCUUGGUUUGAGGUUCACGCUAGGGAGCAAUGAUUGUCCCUCCUUUUUCAAAGGAGGGCGUGGCUUCGGUCUUUUUGCCAUGGAUAUUUUCCAUGCUAUUUAUGUACUAGUUGGAGCGUUAAUUACAUUUUGCCUCUAGCGUCGAGACGCUUUUUUUCAUCAAUAGGUGUUAAUAUUGCGUUGUCUCUGGACUUUGGUUUGAUUUAGAAUCAUUUUUCACUCCAAAUCGCACCUAACACUACUCGAAUGAUUCUCCUAACUUGAUAAUCAAUGUCAUAUCACUGUGAUCAAUUUUGAUGAAAACCUUAUACCACUUCCAUGGUCAAUAUUGUUGGUAGCCUCCUCCAUCGUCAUAGGAAAGCGUAGCGCACUUUCCGGCGUUUCUUACGCGGAUCCGCUGAAAGCGACUUGUAACAUAAAACGUUGUUGGUCUGCGUCGUCAGAAAUACAGUACCAUCGAACCUUGGCACCCCGAGCAACACCGAAGUGAGUCCGAUCGACCACCCAGACCAAGAUCUGAAGACUUUGAAGACCACGAGAGCAAGUAUUUUUAGCCAGCUAUGUUAGGAUACACCCAGCACUGGUGGGUGAGGUCGUGGUGCAGGAGGAGAAGGUGCAGCAGGCAGAGCUCACCCCUACCACCAAACUAAGGUCGUUAACUUGAUCGCCAAGAAUAGAACGGGACACGGUUCCGAAGGUCGAUCAAGGGUGGCUUUCUUUCGUCCUUUUCUAGGGUUGGCUCAUUUGAGGUUCUCACUUCCUUGAGAGAAGUAGUUUCACUUCAAUCGCUCGAUCGAAGGCUCUAUGGGAUAUUGUCUGUCCCCCAUCAAAAAGUGGAACCCAAAUCUCGAUUCGAUAAUAUAGGUGGAACUUCUCAUUGUGAGCCAAUUGAAAAAGUGGUUACAAGAGACUCUUCAUUUACUGCCGCUUGCUUUGAACAAAGAUUACCAUCUCAGUUGUUAGGCAAGUAUUUGGUUGGUUCGAUUGCAUUUUCGCCGGAGUCGCUCUCCAAUUGCUCCCUUACCUCCGUCCAUUCAGCAUUCGCCAAAAUGUAACAGAUUCAUCAGUGUUCCAAAGAAGUGCAAGAAGGUGUGAAGGUGUCCAAAAAAGCAAGAUAAAAAUAGGAACAACCACGCCGGCCGAGUGUUUUCGUCAAUCUAAUUUGAGUUGCACUUUAGAUGACUGAGUAAGGCUCGGCGAGUGCUCUACUCUACUGUCCUUUUGCUUUGGACUGCGAGUGUUGUUAGUGAAGGUGGAGUUGGAACGAAACCCUUUUUCCAAGAAGCUGAAAAGACCCGCUGGUACGUACUACCUAGUAGAGCAGAACAGAAGGUGGUAAGUGGCAGUUCAUGCUUUUGAUCCGUCGUCGGCCUGAUUUCUCAGUUCCACGAUCUGUUGUUGGUUGCUACGUGCUCCUCUUGGGUUGAUUUGGGCCUUUGGCCGUGAACCAGUCUUCAGUCUUCAUCAUGGUAAAAAAGUUGGGAGUGCGUUGGUUGCCUGGCAUUCCUUUCCUCGACGAGCCACGGGUCAGCCAUGCUUUCACUGGGCGAGAUCUGCCUCUGAUGACUUUGGAAUCAGGAGGUAGAAGACCAGUCGCUAUGGGGUUUGAAACCGCUCUGGUUCUCGUUCUGGCUCAAAAUACAAACGUGAAUGUGGCGGAUGGAAAUACAGAUCAUAAUGUGGGUUUCACGGCCUUUGAUAUGUCAGGCCAAGGUCGCUAUCGAAACCUGUGGGAGCACUAUUACAAAGAUUGCCAGGGCAUUGUGUUUGUGGUGGAUUCCAGUGAUAAGCUCCGGAUGGUAGUGGCCAAAGAUGAAUUGGAUAUGUUGCUACAACACCCAGACAUUCGAUCGCGCAAAAUUCCCAUCUUAUUCUUUGCCAACAAAAUGGACCAGCGAGAGUCCAUGUCAAGUGUGAAAGUGUCACAAACUUUAGGCCUAGAGCGCAUAAUGGACAAACCAUGGCACAUUUGUGCCAGCAAUGCCGUCACGGGUGAGGGCCUGCAUGAGGGCGUCGAAUGGCUCACAGGACAAAUCAAAGAAAACGUGGAACGCUCGUAAGAUGAAAAACCGUGCACUAGAGAAAAAAAAAGGUGACAGAGAACGACCCGUCGCUAUCUCUCUACCGAUUUGAUCCUUGUCAACCCUUCCGUCCAAUAUCUUUAUCAGAUGUUCCAUUGUGAAUAUGAACACAUUAGACGAAAAUCUGAGACACUGACUGACACCACCUCGUCGAGACAAAUACAUUUUGAUAAAGAGCUUA